AUGUCGGCGACCACGGCCUCUGCCAGUCAGCCCUCGUCGCAGCAACCUCCGCCGCCACCGCCUACUGCUGAGGCCGUCCUCCGCCUCGCCUCGCGCGACCCCUCCGCCGCGGACCUCCCGGCCCUCGCCUACCAGCUCUUCCUGCUCGCGUCCAAGCCGCUCUACCCGCGCGUCGUCCUCGCGGGUCUCCUGCGCUUCUUCGUCGGCCGCCGCGGAGCCCGCGUUCGCGCGCCGCCGUCCAUCGCGCGGCAGGUCGAGAGCACCGCGCUGAUGAACGUCGCGUUCGCGGUCAAGCAGGACCCCGCGCUGGCGAGGCAGGUCCUGGCCGCCGUCAAGGCUGACGCCGCGGGCGCUCUCAGUGGAUUCGCGGUGGCAGUGAUGCUGUUCGUGGCCAGGGUGCGGAGGUUCAACGAGGGUGCCGUGAAUGUGCUCCGGGAUGCAGCCGUGGUGUCCCGCCGGGAUUACCGAAUGUCAAGGCGGUGCAAAUGGUUACCGGAUUGUAUGGAAGAGGAAUAUGCACGGGCCACUCAAUGUGUGGAGAAGGGAUUACUGAAAUCUGUCGACGAGAGCAUUGUUGGGAGGGAGCAUGUUGUGCCAAGCAUUGUUCAGGUGGGUUUUCUCCUUUUAGAAGUCUCAGAUGGUGAUCAAGGGGAGGAAGGUGGCUUAGGUGAAGGAGUAAUGAACACCGAAGAAAUAGGCAUUAAUAUGCUUAAGUCAUUGUUUGAGAUCCAUGAAAUGGCACGAACUGAGAUAAUUGAACAGUGCAAGUUCCGGAUUCUCUCGGCAAAGCCUCAGCAAAGUGCGCCUGUUCUCAGGUUGCUCAGGUGCUUGAUUUUGAGUCAUCCAUUUCCAAUGCUGGAAUUCAUUGCACAUUUGAAGGAGUUGCUGGAUUAUUUUUCUUUUAUGAAUGACAAGAUAUCAACUGGUUUGAUCAGUUGCGUCUUGCCACUCACAAAGUUCAGCCGUGAUCUGAAGGAUUACAUAAUACUGGUUGUAAGAAAGGCGAUGUUCAAGAGGGAGGACAUGGUCCGAAUUGCUGCUACAAAUGCUAUAAUUGAGCUGAUUAUUGCCGAUAGCAGGAAAAAUGAAGCCAGUCCUUUUGAAGACUCAACAAGUCAGCCAAGCUCUAGCCAACAGCCUGAAACACAUCUAGAGUUUGGUAGGGGUCUCUUUCAGGAACUAAGUGGAUUGCUUCGGAGAUGUCUCUCGCAUCAGGCCAGUGUCAAAGAGAUCUUGUAUGAGGGUCUUAUACGUAUUGUUACCUCUGAUCUAGCUGUUUCUGACAAUGUCCUUGAUUUCCCCUGGCCUCACUUCCAAAACUAUUACUCAAGAAUUCUGCAAAUUAAGCAACAUAGUAAAUGUGAACGGCCACGUGAUGCAUAUUGGAAGUGCUUUGGUUUUGCUGCUUCACAAGAUAAUGAGGUUGGACGAGCAUCAUCAAGUGAUUUAUUCGUGAAAGCUCUAUCAAGCAUCCAAAAGUAUUUGAGGAUAUCCCUCACAGGUUUUUUUUUUUAUUUUGCUGCUUCAAAACUGGAGAAAGCCUCUGAUGAAUCGAAGGAAAUGAUAGAAAAAGAAAUACUGGAGCUUGUUAAUGUGCACAGUGGCUUUGAGAAAAAAAUGAGCAAUGGUAGGGAAAGGAUAGCAUGGAGAAGAGCGAAUGCUUGUGAUGCUACAGAUAAGCACACCAAUGAACCCAGGGAGAAUUCUAAUGCUUCAUUGCAGAAACUUCAUGGAAAGAGGAGUAAAUUUGCAGAUUCGAGUUUGUAUGAACUUUCGGUAAUGUGUGUCAAGCAGUGCCAUGCUGAUAACUACAACAACGUUAGUCAGCAUCCUAGCCAAACUACAUUGAACCAGAGCUCCAAUCUGACAUCUUUUGUACUGAAAGCCUUUCUUGAAUUGUCGAAAUCACUUGCAUCAAAGGACAGUAGGGGCUUCAGAAUAAAGCUGCAUGAAGAUUUUAAAAAGUUAUGCCAGCCAAUAAUGCAGCUCGUAUGUUGUUUUCUGUUAGAUCCAGUUCAAGAAAAUGGUGGAAGCAAGAGGAACAUGACCCAAGGAAAGAAAAACAUUGAGUGCAAAAAUGAUCAGUUAUAUUUGGCUCUGACAUGCCUAAACAAAUUCCUUGAGCCAAGUGUUUCAGGAGAUCACUCUAGUGAUGUCAUUGAUUUUCUAAUAUCUUUAGCUCCGCCAAAUAUAGAGGAUAUGAUGGAUGCUGUGGAUCUUGACAAUAAUGAUACCACUAUGGUUGAAGAUCGAAGCACAAGAAAUGUCCAUAUGCUUUUGAACAUAUUGAAGACGUUAUAUGCUAGACUUCUUGCCCAAUCACUUUUACGUGAAUCUGAGGCUGUAACUGAAUUGAUUUUGGGCAUUUCAAGAAAAGUGCAUCUUGAACAAAGUUUCUUAUUGGAAAACGGGCUACAGAUCUAUGUAAAAAGAAAACCAGGCAAAGUCCUAGUAUCGCACGAGAGAUGCUCACUUGCUGCUGUCUCACUUCAAAUGGUUGAGUCAUCUCUUACUGAAUUGGAUUGGGGUCUUGGAAAGCUUAAAGCAAUGCUUACAUUAGGUUAUGAUUCUGCUAACAUUGAUGAAGAUCAACCAGCAGAUGAAAUAAUGCUAAGGUUGGCUUUGGAGAAAGCACUCUACUCGAGAUCAACAUCAGUAGUUCAAGUCCUCUCUUCCUUUGCACAUAUGAGCCUUAAGGAUACUCAAGCAGAACACUUUCUGAAAUUGACUGCCAAGUUCUACAAGCUUUUAACUCGCAUGUCAAAGUCCCAGAUUGCACCUAAAGGCUACACACAAUCCAUUCCAAGCCUCAAGUUUUAG